GUCCUCUUCCAGUGCCCCCUCCCCUUCUCCCCUGCAAAAUAGGUCCCCCUCCAGCUCUUUCUCUCCUUCCAGACCCCCAACCCCCCUCUCUCCCUCCUUUCUUGUUAACACAAAAUUACCUUCAUUCUUUUUCAACCCCUACAAGCCGCAACCCCAUCCCCACAAACAAGUUUGUGAUUUUUUUUUUUUUUAAUUUCUGAUUCAAGUUUGAAGUUUAAAAAAAGUAAUUCAAAAAUUAUUUUAUUAACCAAAAAAAUCAAAAGUAGAAAUUAAAAGAAAUUUCAUUGAUGGUAAGUUGUUUAAAGACAAAAUCAUCAAUUUAAUUUAAUUUUUGUCUAAAUUUUGAGGGAGUUGAAUUGAAGUUUGAGAUGAUAUUUAAUGGAGAUUUUUUUUUUAAUUUAGUGUACUAUGGUUGUUCUUUGAUGGUGUUGAAGGAGGAAAAUGAAAAAAAAUUGAAGAAGAGUGUUGAUGGAGAAUGAAUUUGAAGUUGUUAAUGGAGGAAUUUAACUGUUGUGGAUGUUUUGGAGAGAAAGAAUAAAAAGUGUUCAGUAGAAUUUAAUGUUUUUGUGGUUGUUCUUUGAUGGUAUUAAUGGAGGAAAAUGAAAAAAAUUGAAGAAGAGUGCCGACGGAGAAUGAAUUUGAGGUUUUUAAUGGAGGAAUUUGAAUGUUGUUGAUGUUUUGGAGAAGAAAGAAUAAAAAGUGUCUAUUUUUUUUUUUUGAAAAUUCUAUUAUAUUUUAAAUAUCAUAGUAGUGUAUUUUUUUUUUUUUUUCAAAUAUAUGCAUUUUUUUCUUUAAAUAAAUAUUUAAAAGAAAUUAAAUAGACAAAAAAAAUGAGUUUUAAUGCGCCCAACGGCGUUUGUUUACACUCAAGCAGUUAAGGGGAUUUUAAUACACUUUAAAAAUGUUAAGGGGAUAAAUAAAAAAAAUUUAAGUUUAAGUGAUAAAGGGAGAAAAAUAUCUUUUCUCUAUUAAAAAUAAAUAUUAACUAUAUUUAUCCAUCUUGAAAACAAAUGAAUAAUUCCUUUAUUUAUUUCUACUUUAUCAUCCAACAUACUUGUUAAAAUAUUAAAUUUAUUAUCCAAAGAUAUAGGGUAAAAUAACCUUAUCACUUACAAUUUGUUAAAAAACUUUGGUGAUUGAGGUAGGUAUGUUUCAAAAGAGAAAAAGCUGAUAAUAAGUGGAGGGAGUGAGGAGAAUUGUGUGUUUCCAUGACAGUCCAUUUAUGGUAUGUUGAAGAUGUGCAUGUGCAAAGAAUUGGAUAUUGCAUUAGCAUAAGCUAAGGAAACUUGGGGUCUGUUGUGUAUGGUACAUAAAUAGAGAGCCACAAUUCCCACAAAUAUGGCGGACACUUAUUUGGGACCCAAGUCCCCUUGUUUAUAUACCUUCCCGUUCACUUUUUCCCCAUUUUCAGGGGCUUCCCCAAGAUCCCUUUCUUUCUCCCUAAUGGCCUCUAAUUGCUCCUCCACUACCCAUCAACCUUCUCUUCUUGUUUUCUCAGGUUGGAAUAUGGCUUUAACCAAGGGGACUUGGUCAAGCCUUCUUAAUCCUUGUGUUCACAUGUCAACAACAGAUGGAAGCAAAACUCAGCACUUGGCAGAGAACAUAACAUGUGGAACUGCAUUUAAUGGUGUGGUUGAAGAGCUUAAGAAGCUAACUACACGUGUAGCUCAUGUGCUCCCUGUUUCUGAUGAUGGAGGAAGUACUGCCGAAAUUGUUCGUGUUCUUGGUGGUCCUGCUGUUGGAGAUAUACGAUCAAGAUGUUUGAGAUUAUCUGACCAGAGCACUUCAGAGGCUCGUGCAGUCCGAAUAUUGCUUGGUCAUCGUUUACCCCUUGAUUCACCGAGAGCCAAAUCAGAAUGGUAUGAAAUUGUGGAGGGCAGCCAUGAACUUUGGCAAGGUGUCUCAAAACCAUAUAGGGAAACUAUAAGAGCUUUCUUGGCUUACUUCCAGGAUCAGAUUCUCCGGCGUUCAGAUGAGUCUUUCUGUUUCAGCAAUGGAAGUAUAGGGAACUUUUUCUUCGCCGGAGCACGCAUAUUCUUCCAAUCUCUAGAUGCAGCAAUCUUUUUGUUUUCACGAGUUUCAGAUAUUCCAGCAGAAAGUUUUGUUCUUCCCGUGAUAUCUACAAAUGAAAGGCUUACCCUGGGGUGUGAGUUAUGGGAUGGAACUGUUAUACGCGGGCAAAAUGAAAUAUCUCAUCCAACCCAUGGAUCCAUGCAACCUAUAGACAAGGAUGCCUCUUCAGCCCCAGCACUUCCUUCUAGAAUAAAACGGGUAUUCUACAUGUCCAGUGAAGGAAGCAACUUAUUGCAUGAGGUCUUCCCCACUGUAAAUCCCACCGUCUUGGAACAGUUGAGAAGUGUUGACUGUAUCGUAUUUGGCAUGGGAUCCCUCUUUACUUCCAUCUGCCCUUCUCUGGUUUUACUUGGAGUGGGAGAAGCCAUCUCUUUGCGGUCUUGUCCCAAGGUACUUCUGUUGAAUGGUACUCAUGAUCGAGAAACUAGUGGCUUUAGUGCUUCUUGCUUUGUGACUGCCAUUACUGAUGCCUUAAAUCGAACUUAUGGAGAUCAUCAUAAUUGUCUUACAAAUCCUCCAAACAAAUACAUCAACACCCUUCUGGUGCCAAAAAAUGGCUUAAUACCUGUGGACAUAGAAAGCCUGGGUUCUCAAGGAAUUUUCAAUGUGGUGACUGUUGAUUCCAUCCAUGAUCCAAAAGUGGGUGUGCUUUUUGAUCCCAAAUCAUUGAUUCAAGCACUUUCCAAUCUGUUGACGGAUGAAUGGGCCUGAAUGCUACCGUGACUUGUCAAACCUCAGUUUAUCAGAAAUUUCAGAGCUUGUAGUACAGUAGCGUUCUGAAGUUCUCCCUUUUUUGCACAACUUGCAACGGAUCUGAAGAGAUACAGGCUCUUUGUGAGCACUUGUAGAUCGAUAAUAAUUCAAGCAGCUCAGCAUUGAUUUCAACUCCAUUAAUUCCGAAGGAUGAUGGUAAGGCUUCCAUAGUUUAACGUAGGCAUUGGCUUUGAUCUUUUUCAGCUCUUACUGGGAGAGAAUAUCAUUGUUCACAAUUGAGCUGUAACACAUCUGAUCUUUCAAUUUGUAUACGAAUUUAGACAUGCAGUGCGUGAAAUUUUUGCCCACCGCAACUUCCUUGUUUGGGGUUGAAGCGUAAUUGCUGUUGUACAUAAUGAAAUUUUCUGUAAAUCAAGGGCCUUACUUGUGUUCUA